UCCACUGGCGCGCGGACCGCGGAGGACACCGGGCAGGAGAUGGCUGAUUCAGCCCGGCACCGACAGCCCGCGGCGACAUCACCGGCGUCCCACGAGCCGCCGAAGAGCCGGAAGACGUCCUCCGUCUGGCGACUGUAAACAGCGCUGCCUGUCACCUCCUCCUCCACCUCCUCCUCCUCAGCAGCGCAAACAUUGACAGAAGUAUCGCAGGAAAUAUGGCAGAGAUGGAAAAGGAGGGCAGACCACCGGAAAAUAAAAGGAGCCGAAAGCCAGCUCACCCGGUGAAAAGGGAAAUAAAUGAAGAGAUGAAGAGUUUUGCGGAGAACACCAUGAACGAGCUGCUGGGGUGGUACGGCUACGACAAGGUGGAGCUGAGAGACUCAGACAGCCUGGACAUGGGCGAGACGCCACAGCACAUCUCUGUUCUUAAAGAAAACUCAUUGCCAAAAAUCUCAGCUUCAGCCGAGCGCAGUGGCGGCUCUCCGGAUCGAGCCAACAGCUUGCAGUCUGUGCCAGGCUCCAGGAACGGGCUGACGGAGCCGUGCACCAUGCCGUCCACGUCCAACACCAAGGAGCACGGCCACCCGCCCGUCACCGUCCCCAUGGUCCCCCCGCCGCUCAUCAAACCUCCUGCAGAUGAAGAUGUGUCAAGUGUGCAGAUCAUGUGCGCCUGGUGCCAGAAGAUUGGCGCCAAACGCUACUCUCUGAGCAUGGGCAGCGAGCUGAAGAGUUUCUGCAGUGAGUGCUUCGCCGCCUGCCGCAGAGCUUAUUUCAAGAGAAAUAAGGCAAGAGAAGACGAUGGCCUCGGUGGGAAAUUACCACAGCACAGCUUUACUCAGGACACGGCCAGGCUUGUCUUCAAGACAAACAGCGAUGUGCUUGUGUGUGACUGGUGCAAACAUAUCCGCCACACUAGAUACCUGGACUUUGGUGCUGUUGAGCGCAGGCUGCAGUUCUGCAGUGCCAAAUGCCUGAACCAGUACAAGAUGGACAUUUUCUACAAGGAGACGCAGGCUGCGCUUCCUGGAGCGCUGUGUAACCCAGCACACGGGGCAAGUGGGGAGGGUAAGGCUGACUGCACCAGUGGGGUGCAGCUGCUGACUCCUGAGUCCUGGGGAACACCAUUAGCUGACCUAAGGCGUAAAGCUCCCUCACCGGGGGGCCCCUCUACCACCGCCGCUCUGGCCCCCUCCACGUCCUCAGGCACAUCUCCCUCAGACACGGCUGCAGUCUGCUCCCCGUCUUCUUCUUCUUCAGCUAAAAUCCCUACACCAAGACCACAUGAAAGCCCAACGCUGCCCCCUCCUCCUGUCCAUACUUUGCACCCACCUGUAGGAGUCCCCUCUGGUAGUCCUCCAAUGGUGAUGACACCCCGGGGACCUAUGCCCCUGCCCUUGUUCAUGGAGCAUCAGAUGAUGCAGCAGAUCCGUCCACCAUUUCUUCGGCCCUCUGCUCAUGCAGGGGGACCCAACAGCCCAUUGUCAAACCCUAUCAUCCCCGGUAUUGGUCCACCACCUCCUCCUCGGACUCUCGGCCCAGCAGCUAGCCCAAUGCACAGGCCACUCUUGUCUCCUCAUGUCCACCCCUCAUCUAACCCCAACCCUGGCAUCAUGCCACCCCAUCCUGGACUCCCUAUGCCAGGUUUUCCCCCUUUCCCCCCAGUCAAUAUGAUACCUAAUGGACCCAUCCCCCUACCCCCAAUGAUGAACUUCGGCAUGCCAACCUUGACACCCCUGGUACCUCCACCAACUCUCCUGGUCCCUUAUCCUGUCAUUGUACCCCUUCCGGUCCCAGUUCCUAUUCCAAUACCCAUCCCUUUCCAUCCCAAAACAUCUAGGGACCAGCAAGAGAGCAGUAGUCCUGUUUGUCAUGCCCCAGAGUCCUCAGAAAUGUCAGCUUUGCUGCCUCAGUCUCCAGGUUCUUCUGUAGGACACAGAGGGGAACACAAACCAGGUCCAGCUGCAUCAGAGCCGUCCUCUCCUGCACAUUCUGGCCAUUUAGGUUCUGGCUCAGAGAGAAGCAGGAGGGCCGCGGUGGACUUAACUGUGAAGGCGGAGGACAACUCAGGGAGGCUUUGUCUAAACAGAUGUCAUGGACUCACUGAUGGAGUGAUUGAUCUCACAGUCAGCCAGAGAUCUUGCCAACAGCAGGUCAUUCAGAGAAUGUUACCUGGGGUCAAAGUGAAAAUAGAGGCUGAGGUUGACUCACGAUCUCCACCAGCUGCUGGGUUGGGGAGGGAAGAGAAGAGCAGUUGGGAUGGUGGUAAAGACGCCCCGUCAGAGGGCUGCAGUGCUACUGAUUUGGAAGAGGCAACACAGCAACAGACACUGGAAUCAUCUGGCACCCCCGCCAGUAAAGACAACCAUUCUUACAGACGUGAUCCUUUGAAAAGCCAAUUAAAACCCUGUGUUUCCAGUGUUGAACCACAGGCCUCACCUGACACAGCAUGGACCCAAGUCCACACCAGCCCCGCUGCCCCAUGUAAUGUCAUAGUCAACGGAACGGGAUGGCAUCCGCUCUUCACGUCUGCCUAUCAGUCCUGCACUGACCGCAAUGGAGACGUCAUGGCAGGAGAAACAGAGGAGCAGCGUAGCAACAGCGAGCUGGAGCGGGAGGCACUGAAGGAGAACAGCUGCUCUGUUGGAGAAUGGGAGCCGGCAAAACGCGGCUCGGCGCAAGACGAGACUGUGGAUUCAGUGGAGGGUAAAACAGAUCCGGACUCCAACCUGGAGGAGGGAGAACAUGCCUACGCCUUACCCCUGCUGUCAAGUGGAGGCUGUGUGGUUAUCCAGCCUGUGCCAAAGCCCGGUGCUGACAAGACGGCCAUCCUUGCCUGUUCCAUCUCUGCACCUUUAUCAGCUGCCGGGAGUCCUGAGCUGGAGCCGCCGCUGAAGAGGAGGUGUCUGCGAAUCCGCAAUCAAAACAAAUGAGAUGGAUGCUCCAAGGACUGCAGUGCCAUCAGAGACACUCCCCUGCCCCACCACCUCACCAACCUGCCACCUGGCAUCCCCCAUCCCCAACCCGUCACUGCACACAUGGUGUCCUCGUGUGCCCCCAUCAUCCUGUCUACCAGCACCACCAAUCGCCUUCAACGAAUGAGGAGAGUCCAAGCAAACAUGUCGAUCAGCAUCCCAGCAGAGCACACGAGACUCCUUCUAUCUGCGUGGACUGAGCACCUACGGGUUCGACGCUUUGGCCAGCAGGACCACUUGACCUUUGAACUGCAGAACAGGAGGAUUCAGCUGCUGCUUCUUAUUUAGAGACUCUCAGCCACACUGCCCCCGCAGCCCUUACCCACGCUUCCCUGUCAAAGCAAGUAUUCCCGUAUUGUCCGUCACCACGGAAUGCACUAUAACAAAUUAAGAAUUGUGAAGAAGCCAAUCCAACC